AUGGACUCAAGAUAUCCACCAAGAGCUGAUCUAACUACUAGAGCAGAUUUUGGAUAUCAUAAGGCAGUUAAGAUGAUUGUUACUACAGCUGUUGGUGCGGAGGCUAGUUAUCUCUAUUCUCCUAGCUCUACUGAAUGUUACUCAUUCUGUACAAAGAAAGAGUUUAAGGUAAAGUCUAUUGUCAGUGUAUUUGAUACUCACGCGACUCGUAAAGAUAUCAGCUCAAACCUUGAGUUUCCUCUUCCUUCUCAGUUCUUUUCAAUUCCCUUCUUGGAGACAUUAUAUCCUCGUUGCAUUAUGGUACCUGCCCCUACCACAGACAAUUAUCUUUUGAGCCUUCGGGCCGUACGAGAGAGAGCCUUCAAGGUUCAAGAGGCUGCAGUCAAGAAUAAGCUUGGCCACUUUGAUGUAGACCAUUCAAAGUUCCAGGACAUGGUUCAAAUUGUUGUAUUAUUGAUAAAACGCGAUUAUGAACAUCCUUCGCAAAUACUUCCUCAUGGAAGAUGGCGCCAUUUUGACGUCGGUGGUCGCCCUAGGGUACAGCAUCUACUUAAUUCAUGGGCAAGCCUUGGCCAGCCAUUGAUGGAACAAACCAGACGGAUACUGGAUUUAUUUGUUGUCGCUGUCUUGCUUGAUUUCGAACCAAGUGUCGCAUGGACUUAUCGUGAAAAGACAACAAGAAGAAAUUAUAGACGUACGGAGGGCGUUGUUGUUGCUGUUAUGGAUAUGUUUAUGGCUGGUACAUUCUCGAGUAAUGUAAACGACCCUCACAGAGUAGAUUCCGAAGGAUUGCUGAGCUUGUCUAUCGAAACUCUCUAUUCUGGUUUUCAGGUUGGCGAUCGGAAUAGACUUAUAGGGCUUGAAGACAGACUCGAUCUAUUGCAUCAUCUGGGGAAUAUUCUCAAGAAGAAAACAGAAUUCUUUGGAUACAGCUCAGUUCCUCGUCCAGGAAAUAUGCUUGAGUAUCUCUUGGCACAUCCUACGACCAUCAAGACAAAGAAAGGACCUCUUAUUCGCCUGGAAACCUUGUGGCCAGUUGUACAGGAGAUGGGUGAAUUGUGGGCUGCAGACAAUUCUGACAAAGGCGGAACCCACAAUCUCGGAGAUGUUUGGCCAUGCGAGUCCAUAAGAACCUCUAGAAACCCACAGUCAACCGAUCACUUUGUGCCCUUUCACAAGCUUUCUCAAUGGCUAGUAUAUUCGCUUAUUGAACCACUGGAAAAAUUACUGGGUGCGACCAUUGAAGGCACAGACAUGUUGACACCCCUACCAGAUUAUAGAAAUGGUGGGCUAUUGUUAGAUACAGGGUUUCUAUCACUUAAACCAGUCGACUAUGAGCGCGGACUGAGGAACUACCACGCCAAUUCACUUUUGCCUGGUCAACCAAAAGUUGAGGUGGCCCCUAUGUUUGAGAUGGCUGAUCCAGUGGUUAUUGAAUGGCGUGCCCUCACAACAACCUAUUUGGAUAUCGUUGCUGAUCAUGUCCGGUCCACACUUGGGAUACACCGUUCAAAACUAUCGCUUUUUCAGCUCAUUGAAGGCGGCACCUGGAGUGCUGGUCGUGAGCUAGCAGAAAUAUCAAGACCAAAUACACAGGUACCACCAAUCAUGAUAAAGACGCAAGAUGAACUUAGGAAGCAUAAUAUACAGAAUGAGGAACGGUAAAGAAAAGAAGAAGAAGAAAACGAAAAGAAAUAUAAAUGAUAUAAUAAAAUGUAAUUUUUUUGAGAAGGGAGAAGUAGCGGCAUGAUUUAAUUUGGGAUGAGAUGGAAUUUACUUGCAAAACUGUUUGGCACGUGCAAUAUAGGUAUCAACUUCCUUGUCGGUUAGCGGGUAAUCACAUUCCCUGCAGGACGCUUUUCUCUUGAGCUCAUCACAAAGCUUAUUUAUAUCGAAUUCAGGGUUUGUGGUCUUGAUAUCCUCUUGGAUAUCAUAUGCAGUACGGUGUUGUCCCCUGGCACGUAUCAAAGCAUCGACAACUACUGAACUGUGUUUCUCAGUACCCACAGGAUUCUCCUGCACUUUUUUGGUGGCUAUAUCUGAGGGGUAGUCUUCGGUUAGGAAAGGCUGGAUAUUGGG